UAUUUAGGCAGGUGUAGGUGGAAUCUAAGUGAUCAGCAGGACAUGCGGUGAGCCCAGCGUCCUCCUAAGCCGCCAUCUUUUAGCAGGUUUAUGAAAUGCAACUAAAUCCUUUCUCCAUGUAACGUUUUACAAAAUUUGUUUUCUUUCCCCAGCAAGCCUCCUGUGGUCCUUAACUCGAUUAGGUAUAAUGCAUUUUUUUAAAAGUUUGUUUAUUCAUUUUGAGAGGGAGAGAAUGUGAGCAGAUGAGAGAUGAGAGAGUGAGGGAAUGAGAGAGAAUCCCAAGCAGUCUCUGCACUGCCAGUGUGGAGCCUGACAUGGGGCUUGAACUGAACCUGUGCGGGGCUUGACCAUGGGAUCAUGACCUGAGCCAAAUCCAGGUUUGAUGCUCAACCACUGAGCCACCCAUGCGCCCCAGGUCUAAUGCCUUUUUUGAUUAAACUAAGUGUCACAAUGUCUCACUGACCAGUGUUCCUAACACAGAGCUAAGAUUCUUACCCUCUGUGUUCUCAUGGUACCCGAGGGUGUAUUUAUAUGAUGUUAAUUGUAUUUCUUUCUUUACUUGACUGUGUGAUAUUUUAUUCUGAGCUGCCCAAGAGUAGCUUUUCAGGUAAUUCAAAGAGAUCUUCAGUGACUUGUAGUAUAUUCAACAAAUGAAUGAAUGAGUGAAUAAUUAGCAUGGUAUUGCCAGAAUAAUGAUCCUUUUAAAGUACCCCUAACUAAUCCCCUUGAAAGAUGGUAGAAUUUAAUUUUCAUAUAUAUACAAUGUAUAUUUUUAUUCACUACUACAGAUAAACAAAGAGGCAUAAAAUGGUCAAGGCAAACUUGACAGUCAUUUCCAAUUUUAUUUUCCUGGGGUUUACUCGUUACCCCAAAGUUGAGGUCAUCAUAUUUGUGCUGUGCUUGCUGAUGUACCUGAUCACCCUGCUGGGUAAUAUCAUUCUGAUGUCCAUCACCAUCCUGGAUUCCCACCUACACAAACCCAUGUACUUCUUCCUCAGCAACCUCUCCUUUUUAGACAUCUGGUACACCUCUUCUGCUCUCACUCCAAUGCUGACAAACUUUGUUUCAGGGAAAAACACCAUCUCAUUCUCAGGAUGUGCCACUCAGAUGUACUUUUCUCUUGCCAUGGGCUCCACUGAGUGUGUGCUCCUGUCCACGAUGGCGUAUGACCGGUAUGUGGCCAUCUGCAACCCUCUGAGAUACCCCAUCAUCAUGAACAAGAGGGCUUGUGUGCAGAUUGCCGCUGGCUCCUGGAUGACAGGCUGCCUCACCGCCCUGGUGGAAACAGUAUCUGUGCUGCAGCUGUCUGUCUGUGGAAGUGGCAUCAUCAAUCACUUCACUUGUGAAAUUCUGGCUGUGUUGAAACUAGUUUGUGUGGAUACUUCCAGGGUGCAGUUGAUCAUGCUGGUGAUCAGCGUACUUCUUCUUCCUAUGCCGAUGCUCCUCAUUUGUGUCUCUUACGCAUUCAUUCUCUCCAACAUCCUGAGAAUCAGCUCAGUGGAUGGUGGAAGCAAAGCCUUUUCAACAUGCGCAGCCCACCUGACUGUGGUGGUUUUGUUCUAUGGGACAGCUCUCUUGUACCUGAAGCCCUCCGCUGUAGAUUCACAGGAAAUAGACAAAUGUAUGGCUUUGGUAUAUGCUGGAUUAACCCCCAUGUUGAAUCCUAUCAUUCAUAGUUUAUGGCACGAAGAGGUAAAAGUAGCUGUGAAAAAAUUGCUGAAUAGGAACCCUCUGUGUGCUUUUUUAAUCCCCCAUAGCAAAUCAUAAGAUUAAUCUAAGGGGUGUAUUGAUGUGGCCAAUACACACCAGAAAACUGGGAUAAGAGGGGAAGACACUCAUUUUAAAGAAUGAUUUUUUAAAGACACUCAUUUUAAAGAUUUCCUAAGUUUCCUCCUUGACUGACUGCUGAAGCUCUAAGAUAAUAUAGACAUAUGUUACAUAAGCAUAUCUGAAAUCUUACAUAAAAAGGGCUCAUGGUGACAAAUUUCAAUAUUUUGUUUUGGGUGAUAGAAUGUAAGUAUAGCUUUAAACAUUAAGUUAUUGUGUUGUUAGCAUUCAAAAUUAUGUGCAUGUAAUAUACAAAUGUAAAAACUAUAGUAGACUUUUUAGAUAGUUUAUUAUUAACCUCUGUUUUAGGCUGAGUUGUGUCUCUGCAAAAUUUAUGUUGAAGCUCUAAUCCCCAGUACCUCAGAAUGUAUCUACAUUUGGAGAUAUGGCCUUUAUAGAGGUGACUAAGUUAAAAUGAGGGCUGUCAGUGUGGGCCCUCAUACAAUUGGAGUUGUGUCAUUUUGAGAAAAUAAGAAAUUUAGACACACAUGGGUACAGAGGGUUGCUCACACACAGAAGCAAGGACAUAGCAAGAAAGCGGCUAUCUGAAAGCCAGGGAGAGGCCUCAGAAGAAAUCAAAUCUGCCAACACUUUAAUCUUGGUCUUCUAUCCUCCAGAACUAUGAGCAAGUCAAUUUCUGUUGUUCAGCCAAUCAAGUCUCUGCUAUUUUGUUAUGGUAGCGUUAGGAAACUAGUACAACCUCUUUUUCAGCAUUGCUAAAUUUUUUGGAAGUAAUUGCAUAUUCUACAAAGUGUGACUAUGUUUUACAUGUGUGUGUGGAAAUAUUUUUUUUUUCAACAUUUAUUUAUUUUUUUAGGACAGAGAGAGACAGAGCAUGAAC